AUGCGGCUCUACCUCCUGGCGUGCUGCUGCCUGGUCUCGUCGUGCGGCGCGCAGGGCCAGGUGGAGUACGCCAUCGCCGAGGAGACGCCGCGCGGCGCGCCGGUGGGCAACGUGGCCCGCGACCUGGGCCUGGAGGCGUCCGCGCUGCCCUCCCGCCGGGGGCGCCUGGUGGGCGGGGGGCCGGGGCCGGCCUACUUCCUCCUGGAGGCGUCCAGCGGGGCGCUGGCGGUGGGCGAGCCGGUGGACCGGGAGGCGAUCUGCGCGCUGCAGCCGGCCUGCGCCCUCAGCUACGAGCUGGUGCUGGAGAACCCGCUGGAGCUGCACAAGCUGCGCGUCCGCGUCCUGGACGUCAACGACCACGCGCCCCGCUUCCCGCUGCCCGAGUACCACUUCCGCGUGGCCGAGUUCCUGGCGGCCGGCGCCCGCUUCGCCCUGCCCAGCGCCCACGACCCGGACGAGGGCCCCCACGGCGUGCAGAGCUACGCCCUCAGCCCGGACCCCCACUUCGGCCUGGCCAUGCAGACGCGCGGCGACGGCAGCAGCUACCCGGAGCUGGUGCUGGAGCGGCCCCUCGACCGCGAGCGCCAGGCCACCCACCGCCUCGCCCUCACCGCCCUCGACGGCGGCAGCCCGGCCCGCUCGGGCAGCGCCCAGGUCCUGGUGACGGUGCUGGACACCAACGACAACGCGCCCGUCUUCGAGCACUCCGUCUACCGGGCCAGCGUCCCCGAGGACGCCCCGCCGGGCACGCCGGUCACCCGCCUGCGCGCCACCGACCCGGACGAGGGCGCCAACGGCGAGGUGCGCUACGCCUUCAGCAACAGCACGCCGGCCGAGCUGCGCCGCCUCUUCCUCCUGGACCCGCAGAGCGGGGAGGUGCGCCUCGGCGGGCCCCUGGACGGGCAGGCGCCGCCGCUGGAGCUCUUCGUCGAGGCCCGCGACCGGGGCCUCUUCGGCCUCUCCGGCCUGGCCAAGCUGCUGGUGGACGUCAGCGACGUGAACAACCACGCGCCGGAGAUCGUGGUGACCUCCCUCUCCAGCCCCGUCCCCGAGGACGCCCCGCUGGGCACCGUCAUCGCCCUCCUGAGCAUCACCGACCGCGACCCCGGCGAGAACGGGCGCGUCAUCUGCCAGCUGCCCACCCAGCUGCCCUUCCAGCUCAAGUCCUCCUUCGACAGCUACUACUCGCUGGUCACCAGCGGCCUGCUGGACCGCGAGCGGGUGGCCGAGUACAACAUCACCCUGACGGCCUCCGACCUGGGCUCGCCGCCCAUGGCCAGCCGGCGGACGCUGCGCCUCCAGGUCGCCGACGUGAACGACAACCCGCCCCGCUUCCUCACCCAGCGGCGCCAGGUGGAGGUGGCGGAGAACAACCCGCCCGGCGCCUCCCUCUUCCACGUGUCGGCCUCCGACCCGGACCUGGGCGAGAACGGCCGCGUCUCCUACCUCCUGCGCGACAUCGACAUCCAGGGCAGCGCCCUCUCCUCCUACCUGGCCAUCGACGCCGAGGCCGGCACCGUCUUCGCCAAGGCCGCCUUCGACUUCGAGCGCCUGCAGAGCUUCCACUUCCAGGUGGAGGCCCAGGACCACGGCUCGCCCGCCCUGGCCGCCGCCUUCCUGGUCAGCAUCACCGUCCUGGACCAGAACGACAACGCCCCGGUCAUCCUCUACCCGGCGGCGGCCCCGCGGAACGGCUCGGUGGCCGUGGAGAUCGUCCCGCGCCUGGCCGACGCCGACUACCUGGUCACCAAGGUGGUGGCCCACGACCCGGACAGCGGCCAGAACGCCUGGCUCUCCUACCACCUGCUCCAGGCCUCCGACGCCAGCCUCUUCCGCGUCUCCCCCGACGCCGGCGAGGUGCGGACGGCCCGCGCGCUGCGCUCCAGCGACGCGCUCAAGCACAAGGUGGUGGUGCUGGUGACGGACCGCGGCGAGCCCCCCCCCCGCCUCAACUUCUACCUGAUCGUCUCGCUGGGCUGCCUCUCCUGCGUCUUCCUGGGCUUCCUCCUGGUGCUGCUGGCCCUGCGCCUCCUCCACGCCCGGCCCGGACCCGCCCGCCCCUGCUCCGGCUGCUCCUGCUGCUGCCCCGGCGACGAGUACGAGAAGUACCGCUACAACGUGCGCAUGCUGCCCGGCUCCCACUUCACCCCGGAGAUGGUCGAGAUCGCCGGCAUGGGCAAGCUGACGCACACCUACCUGUACCGGGCGGCGCUGGGCGUGGGGCCCAGCAGCAACAACAACCUGGUGCCCAACGGAGACGCUGCCGGCAACCUGGCCAAAGGGGGCGGCUUGUUGCAGGUGCCCGCCUCCUGCAUCCAGGUGCAGAAAGUGAAGAGCGACCACUUUAACGCCAUUCUGGUGGUAAGCCGGCGUCGAAAGGGUUAA